CGGCUUUCACCUGGGCCCCCCCGAUUACGAAGGAUUCCCCUUUGGUGCCGUCGACCGUCCGUGUGUGUACUUACGCGAGUUGAUUCUGCGGCCUUUUACGCGUCUCGACUGUCUCUCUGAACGAGCCGUGUGUGUAUUUAUGUGUGUGUUCGCGUACACACGAAAGAAAAAAAAAGAAAAAAAAAAGAUAUCACACGGGGGUUACGUGGCUGGUUGAUCGGUGAUCGACCCAAACAGAUCAUGGUCCUGUGGAUGGUGACUCGUGUUGUCUUCCUUUAAGGAGACCUAUCCUGUUUCCAUGCUAGGAGCUAAGGAGCAAGAAGGAUUUGUGAGCGGAGCAAGACUUCCGAAAACGUUAUCGUCGAUCCAGGAAGUGUGCCUUUGAUUUUCCCUGAGAUCCUCACGUCUCUUGGUCGGUUUCUGGUUGGCUGGUGGACGAUUCACUCUUUCGUCCCAGCAGAAUGGCCAAAAAUCAGCAACCGAAUGGAAUGAUACCGGUCGCUGGCGCGGACGACUUCUCGGACGGCGAGAGUACCCCAUUGACUCAGGACUAUGGCGAAAGUCAAAGAACCGUCGUGGAAACGAAAGGAUGGGACGUGUUCCGGAAUCCGCCGCCGAAAAUCGAUUCCGGAUCGAUGGCGAAUCAAAGAUGCCUCGAAGUGACGGUACAAGUGACGAAGGUGAUCGUUUACCUGUUAGUUUUUGUGAUAGUGCUGGGGAGCGGUGUAGUUGCCAAAGGAACGAUUUUAUUCAUGACGUCGCAGCUCAGAGCUGAUCGAGCGAUUGUCUAUUGCAAUGUAGCGUUAGGCCGGGACAAACAAUUUGUAGCUUCGUUACCGGAAGAGGAAAGGAUAGCGUGGAUCUGGUGCAUCAUAAUCGCGUUCGCGGUGCCAGAAUUCGGCACGAUGAUCCGCAGCAUCCGAAUAUGUAUCUUCAAAUCGUGGAAGAAACCGCCUGCUUCACAUUUCCUUCUCGUUUUUCUCAUGGAGAGCUUCCACGUGGUCGGUCUAGCACUGAUGUUUAUGGCAGUGCUUCCUGAUUUGGACGUCGUCAAAGGCGCGAUGCUGACCAACUGCGUGUGCUUCGUGCCGGGACUGCUAGGGCUUCUCUCCCGCAACAAAAACAAAGACGAAUCGAAGAGAUUUGUCCUGGUGCUGAUCGAUAUUGCCGCGUUGGCCGCCCAAGGAACAAGUUUCUUCCUUUGGCCAUUAUUGGACAGCUCCCGGCCGUCUUUGUGGCUCAUACCGCCGGCGUUGUUCCUGGUCUCGUGCGGAUGGUGGGAAAAUUAUGUUUCGAUGCAAAGCCCGAUCGGUUUUGUGCGGUCGCUGGGACGGGUGAAAAAGGAACUGAGGGUGACGCGUUACUUCACCUACAUGUUCAUAUCCAUUUGGAAGAUUCUGGCGUUCUUCAUCAGCACUCUAUUGAUACUUCACAUGAAGGGAGAGACCGUGGGACAUUUGUUCUCGAUGCUGAGCAGCGCCUUCAGUAAUCAUAUGAUCGCUGUGUCGGAAGUUCGACCCCAGUCAUCCAGCAGAAUCACGGAUAUCGCCGAUUUGUUGGAAAUCGGCGAGAAGAGACUAAUACCCGCGGACGUGACCACUCCGAUUUACGUUCUGCUGUUGCAAAUAUUCGGCGCCUAUUUCGCGUAUAUUUUCGGUAAAUUCGCCUGCAAGAUUCUGAUACAAGGAUUCAGUUACGCGUUCCCUGUGAAUCUAACGAUACCGGUAUCGAUCUCAUUGCUGAUCGCCGCUUGUGGUUUACGAAACGGUGAUCCAUGCAUCUUUUACGGAACGAUUCCGAAUUAUCUGUUCUACGAGUCGCCGCCAUUGUAUUUUUUGAACGAUUUCGUGUCGAAACAAUACGCUUGGGUAUGGCUGCUCUGGUUGCUGUCCCAGACCUGGAUCACGUUGCACGUUUGGACACCGAAAUGCGAACGUCUGGCCGCUACGGAGAAGCUUUUCGUGAUGCCUAUGUACGACUCCUUGCUGAUCGAUCAAUCGAUGGGCUUGAAUCGGAAACGGGACGAUCAACCGGAAGUGAAAGUCGAGGAUUUGGCGGAGAUAGAGAAAGAAAAAGGGGAUGGAGAUUACGAGACCAUAUACGAGCAAACUGACGGCUCAACGACACCACCCUCGGCCGUAAAGAGCAGCGAUCACGUAACUAGGAUCUAUGCCUGCGCGACGAUGUGGCAUGAGAACAAGGAGGAGAUGAUCGAGUUCUUAAAGAGUAUCCUGCGUCUGGACGAGGAUCAAUGCGCGAGACGUGUCGCCCAAAAAUAUUUGAAGGUUGUCGAUCCGGACUACUAUGAAUUCGAGACGCAUAUAUUCUUCGACGACGCGUUCGAAUUGUCGGACCACGAUGAAAACGAGUCACAGGUGAACAGAUUCGUGAAGCUGUUGGUGGGCACAUUGGACGAAGCUGCAUCGGAUGUUCAUCAGACAAGGAUGCACGUGAGGGCGCCGAAGAAGUAUCCGACACCGUACGGAGGUCGAUUGGUCUGGACGCUGCCUGGAAAAACGAAGAUGAUUGCCCAUUUGAAAGACAAGAGCAAGAUCCGUCACAGGAAACGUUGGAGUCAGGUGAUGUACAUGUAUUAUUUGCUGGGACAUCGACUGAUGGAGUUGCCAAUUAGCGUGGACCGCAAAGAAAUUAUCGCUGAGAACACUUAUCUACUGACCCUGGACGGUGACAUCGAUUUCCAGCCGGCUGCCGUGAAAUUGCUCGUGGACUUGAUGAAGAAGAAUAAAAAUCUCGGCGCUGCUUGCGGUCGUAUUCAUCCAGUUGGCUCGGGUCCCAUGGUCUGGUACCAGAUGUUCGAGUACGCUAUCGGUCACUGGCUGCAAAAAGCGACCGAGCACAUGAUCGGUUGUGUACUUUGUAGUCCUGGUUGUUUCUCGUUGUUCAGAGGAAAAGCUCUGAUGGAUGAUAACGUGAUGAAGAAGUACACCACCAGAUCCGACGAGGCAAGACAUUACGUACAGUACGAUCAGGGCGAGGAUCGAUGGCUUUGUACGCUGCUAUUGCAACGGGGUUACAGGGUUGAAUAUUCCGCGGCCAGUGACGCUUACACUCACGCACCGGAAGGUUUCAACGAAUUUUACAAUCAACGUCGUCGAUGGGUGCCUUCCACCAUCGCAAAUAUCAUGGAUCUUCUAAUGGACGCGAAAAAAACUAUCAAAAUUAACGACAACAUAUCUCUUCCCUACAUUUCUUACCAGAUUCUGCUCAUGGGUGGUACAAUUUUAGGACCAGGCACGAUUUUCCUUAUGUUAGUGGGUGCCUUCGUGGCUGCUUUCAAGAUCGACAACUGGACCAGUUUCUAUUACAACAUUAUUCCUAUUCUGCUUUUUAUGCUUGUUUGUUUCACGUGUAAAGCAAACAUUCAGCUUCUGUGCGCGCAGAUAUUGUCGACAGGGUACGCGAUGAUAAUGAUGGCGGUGAUCGUAGGUACAGCCCUCCAGCUCGGUGAGGACGGUAUCGGAUCACCCUCGGCCAUAUUUUUGAUAUCCUUAUCCAGUUCCUUCUUUAUAGCAGCCUGUUUGCAUCCCCAAGAGUUCUGGUGCAUCGUGCCCGGGAUCAUUUAUCUCCUCUCGAUCCCCUCCAUGUAUCUACUUCUGAUCCUUUACUCCAUUAUCAAUUUGAACGUCGUCUCAUGGGGGACCCGCGAGGUUCAAGUGAAAAAGACGAAAAAGGAACUUGAACAAGAGAAAAAGGAGGCGGAAGAGGCGAAACGAAAAGCGAAACAAAAAUCUUUGCUAGGGUUCCUCCAAAAUGGCGUCGGCUCGAACGAUGAUGAAGAAGGAUCGAUUGAAGUCUCUUUGGCGGGUCUUUUUAAGUGUAUGUUCUGUACACACGGUCAGACAUCUAACGAGAAACAGCAGUUGGUCGCGAUAGCUGAAUCGUUGGAACAUCUCGGAAAACGUUUGGAUGGCAUCGAAAGGGCUGUGGAUCCCCAUGGACACGCGAGUUCGAGCCGUAAACGGGCUUCAUCCGUGGGUUCUCGAACCGCCGAUCAUCUUGGCGCCAUCGGCGAGGAUCCAGCGGAGGAUCGGGAAUGCCAAAGCGACACUGAAACUGUAACCAGUGAGAAUACGGAAGGGAAUCGGGAGGGCAGCAACUUUCACAGCCGACCGUACUGGUUGACCGACGAGGGGUUGAAAAAGGGUGAAAUCGACGUGCUGUCGCUCCAAGAGGAACAGUUCUGGAAGGAUCUCCUGGAAAAGUAUCUGUAUCCCAUCGACGAGGACAAAGCGGAAAAGGCACGAAUCGCCAAAGAUCUAAAGGACCUACGUGACCAGAGUGUGUUCGCGUUUUUUAUGCUGAAUGCCCUCUUCGUCCUGAUCGUCUUUCUGCUGCAAUUAAACAAAGACUUGUUGCACGUGAAGUGGCCGUUCGGUAUCAAGACCAACAUCACUUAUGACGAAAGCUCGCAGGAGGUACAUAUCACAAAGGAAUACCUUCAGCUCGAGCCAAUCGGCUUGGUGUUCGUAUUCUUCUUCGCGCUGAUAUUGGUCAUUCAAUUCACCGCGAUGUUGUUCCAUCGAUUUGGCACGUUCGCCCAUAUUCUGGCCAGCACCAGCCUGGACUGGUACUGUUGCAAAAAGACCAAGGAUCUGUCGGAGGAAGCGUUGCUGUCGAAACACGCGGUGGAGAUAGUGAGGGAUUUGCAACGGUUAGACGGAAUGGAGGGUGAUUACGAGGAGGGCAGCGGCAGCGGGCCCGGCCGAAGAAAGACAAUAAGAAACCUCGAAAAGAGUCGUAGAAAAACCCAGGCAAUCAAUACACUCGACGUCGCUUUCAGACAGCGAUUCUUCAGCAUGUCUGAUGGGAACGGUAAGGCAAAAAAUUCGUAUGAUGAUCUUUUGAUUUCAAGACGAAUUCGACGUUCCGCGAAGGCCUUCAAGGCUUUUGAAGGUCGCAGGAAUAGCAUAAUGGCAAUGAGACGGAAGUCCCAGAUGCAAACACUCGGGGCUAACAACAUCUACGGGGUGGCCGGAAAUCCUCUGGGUAUUCAAGGUCGUCCCUCGAGGAGCAGUCAGAUCUCCGUGAAGGACGUUUUCGAGGGUCACGCCGCCGGACACGCGAACACCGCGUACGAACCGGACGAGAAUAGCGGGAGCAGUCUACGACUUCACAAUUUAGGUCAGAGCACGUGGAGAGAGGCCAACACCAACAUCUGACGCGAGACCACCACGUGAAUGUGGAUUGUGACGAUGGCCAGCUUCAUUGUGCAGUGUGAACCGAAUGGGAGGAAGUUGAUGGCUAUAGUUUGCACAG